GUGAUUAACACAAUAUUUCGUGCUAGCUUUAUUUUUACGUUAACUUUGUAUACCAUCUUGCAUACAUAAAAGUUCAAGUUGAUAAAAAUUUUUUUUAAAAGCAUUCUUUGCAUUUUUAAAUAUUCAUGGCUACUUUCGCCACUGACAAAGAAAUAAAUGAAAGCUUUCAACAAGAUGUGCAUCUGGGAGUAAACAGUUUUUCUGCUGUUGCUGGUGUAGAAGACCGAGAUGUUGUACCCGCAACAGCAACAACCGAAAUUUUUGGCCGGUUUCAAGCAUUAAAGACGUUGUUACAUCCGAACCUUUGCGAAUAUGUAGAAAUUGUUAAAGGCAAACACGAUCGAUUGUUUGUGGUAUCUGAAUAUCACAUGAAUCAUCUUGGAAAAUUAUACCAACGUAACGAAGAAGGCAACACUCUGGUUUCAAAAAUGGGAAUGGUUAUGUUACGUGAAUGGGCUUUUCAAAUUUUAAAAGCACUUGCAUAUUUGAAUCAAAAUGGUAUAACGCAUCACAAUUUAGCUCCUCACAAUAUUCUCUUAGAUAUUGAGGGUAGAAUCAAAUUAGCCGAUUAUGGUUUAUUUUAUAUGACUAAUGGUGGAGAAGAUGUGGAUUUCCCGAUUGGCUAUCCACAUUACCUUCCUCCUGAGGCAAUUUAUCGCCGAGCUGAUAUGCCAGGUGCUACUGGAAAGGUGGAUGUGUGGUCACUUGGUGUAAUAUUGGCCGAAAUUUUUACUGGGUCACCUUUUUGGGUAGGAAAUGAUAAAGACAUUGAGAAAUUGUUUUCUUCGUUAUGGAAGCUCCAGGAGGCAGAACAUAAUGAUGAUAUCUGGGAAAAGUUUUAUAUCUGGGAUUGGGAUUUGGGUAUAAAUGAGGCUAUUUUGGAUUUUCUUCAAGUUACCGAGGAAGAUGAUAUUGUCGAUUUCCGAAAAUUCAUUCAUGCAUGUUUGAAAGUGGAUGCUUCAAAAAGGUGUUCACCGGAACAAUUAUUGUCACAUCCAUUCUUUUCUUCAUCAUAUGGAGAUGAUCUUAGCAGCCAAUAUAAAUAUUGGUGGAAAAAGCCAUUCUUACAAUCACAAAAAAUUUCUUUCGAUGAAGAAAAUUUAUUUGAUCUUAUAGAUGAUCAACCUAACAAAGAUGUUCUUCAUGGGUUGCCGUUAUCUCAGAUUUAUUAUUUUUGGAAGCUUGCUGGAGGCGAUGUGGAAACAGAAUUGGCCAAAAGAGGUUACCUACUAAGUACACCACCAAUCGAACGAAUUCCAAGGACCGUGAAAGUGCAAGAUGGAAAAGAAGAAGGCACAACGGAGGAUACGGCCUUUCUAUUUUCUGAUACUGUUUAUACUUUAUCUUUAAAAGAACUUCGGCAAAGGCUUGAAGUAGCUACUGGUCCUAAUAGAGAAGCGUUUGAGUGGGAUACCGACUAUUUUAUGCAAACUGAUGAAGAUGAUAUGAACUUUCUGGCAGAAGAAAUGUCAAAUGAUGAUAAUUCAGGUUCAGGAGAUGAAGUUUUUGGAAAGUAUCUUUUCCCUGAUCCAAAUAACCAUAAGGUGAUUUCAUCAUCGAUAAAUGGACAAAUCAUGCCACCAACGAAUAACGUUAAAUUACCAUUAAUGAAUCGUGAAAAAGAUGUUGGUUAUCAGUUUCAGAGGGUUGUCUUAUUUAGUGAAUUACUUAGACAGUAUCCAGCAUCACGGGAUGAAAUUAUUCAUCAUGCCAAAGUAGAUAUACCACCGUUUUUACGCGGAAAAAUUUGGGCUGCGAUUUUAGGAGUUAAAGGCGACUACCAAGCAUUAUACGACUCGUAUAAUAAAGAAACAGAAACUACAACAGAUCGUCAGAUUGAUGUUGACGUUCCGAGGUGUCAUCAAUAUAAUCAACUACUUUCGUCUCCUAUUGGUCAUGAAAAACUUCGAAGGCUCUUGAAGUGUUUUAUUGCGGCGAAUAAUAAAUUGGUUUAUUGGCAAGGAUUUGACUCUCUUUGCGCCCCUUUUCUAACGCUUAAUUUUAAUGACGAAGCUCUUGCAUUUAGUUGUUUACACACAUUUGUUCCGAAAUUUCUUCAAGACUUUUUCUUGUCUGAUAAUUCGCCUGUUAUCAAAGAAUAUCUUGCGGUUUUUAGCCAUCUUUUAUCAUUUCAUGAUCCGGAACUUUCAAAUCAUCUUGAUAAAAUAGAGUACCACCCUGAUCUAUAUGCAAUUCGAUGGUUUUUGACAUUAUUUACUCAUGUUUUUCCAUUGGAUAAAACUUAUCAUCUAUGGGAUAAAAUCCUUGUUGGUCCACCAUCGCUACCAUUAUUUAUUGGUAUCUCUAUCCUAAGACAGCUUCGUGAGAUGCUUUUAAAAUCCGAAUUUAAUGAUUGUGACACAUUUUCUGAGUCGUUUCCUGAUGUUGACAUUGAAAAGUGUAUCCAAUCGGCGCUUUCGAUGUGCAAAGUAACACCUCAUUCAGUAAUUUAUCGCGUUCAUGAGCCUUUUGCAACGCCUGAUACAUUACAUAAUGGAGUUCCUGAUUAUCAUAUCCAACGUUGGUGGGAACAACCCAUCCCGAUUGAUGUUAAGAAAACUGAAUUAGCUCCAAGAAUUUCACUUAAAGAUUUAGUAAAAUUGAAGAAUUAUGUAUUGGUUAUCGAUAUAAGAAGUGAACAAGAAUUUUCUAGAGGACAUUUUCCAUUAUCAGUAAACAUGAAUCCGGCACAUUUAGAACAAUUUAUACAAGCACUUAAACAAGAGUUUAAGAAAUAUCAUGUAGUUUUAGGCAAUAGAGGAGAUUCAGGACCGCAGUUUGCUGCAGAACUCGUUCGUGCCCAUUUUACACGAGUUGCAGUGUUAACAGGUGGCAUUGAUGUUAUGCGUGUUGAUCCCGUAGAAGGUGUCUCAAUAUGUUCAUGUCCAAAUUUUACCUCGGGAUCAAAGAACGGAAGUGCUGGUUACCGAAAAUGUAGAACUUUUAAAUAGAAAUAAUUUUUUGAGCAUUUACUUAAUGUAUAGAGCGGGAAUAUCAAUGAUUCGUGGGUUGGGAUAGCUUAUAAAAUAAAUAUUUAUAUAGUAAACGUGAUUUUAAAAAUCAUAUGAUUCGCAGUAAUGGUACUAUCAAAGUU